GCUGAAAGCAAGAUUUGGGCAGAGCUAAAAUCUUGGGCCAUUGAAACUUUGGGUUGGAAUUGGAACUUGGAACUACGAAUAUGGGCCGAAAAAGAUUGGCCCACAAAGAUCAUGCAUAUUUUAAGAGCGGAACAGAAGUAAGAAAGACACAGCGUCGCAGCCGUAGCGAUCGGUUUUUGGUCUGUCUUUCCUUCUUUCAGUCCUGCAACCGCAAGCUCUCCGAUCACCGGAUAAAUGUUUCCGGUGACGGACACGUUCCAGCGAUCGUCCUUGAGCUUCCACUAAUGCACGGAGAAACUCCAGCAGCCUCCAAUUUUAUGGAUUCCCAAGAAAUCUCUGAAGACAGCAAGAAGGGUUUCCCUUACUUGUUCUCUCGAAUCUCCUUCGCCCUUCUCUACUCCAUCUUUGCCUUCUUCUUCUUAUCAUUUCUGGUCGGAAUAGCAGGGUUUUUCAUCGGCGAAUUCUCAAUUUCCAGUCCGAUUUCUGUUCCGUCACAGUGCAAGAUAGUCUCCAGCAGUGUCGAUCUUAGAUCAGAAAAGGUCUGUGAACUUGGAUUGUUGAAUUAUAAAGCCAAACAUGUCUUUUAUCCCUCUGAAAAAAGCAAAUAUAGAUGUAAAUAUGAUUACUACUGGGCCUCAGUUUUUAAGGUGGAAUACGAAGAUCAUGCUUUUGGUCAGACAAGACUGGCAGUUUCAGAGGCACCAAAUGAAGCCCUCCCUCUUAAUUGCCGACCUAAUUUUGGUGCGGCAUGGCUUACCAAAGAUAAGUUCAAGGUGAAUGAAACUUACGACUGCUGGUACACAUCUGGCAUUCCCAAAGUAAAGCUGUAUCAUGAUGGUUUUUUCAGUUGCCAAGCAAGAGAUCCUUCAUCAAUUGAGAUGAUUAGGCGUUAUUGGAUGCUGUCCACCAAGAUACUAUACUCAUGGUAUUCCAGUAAUGAGAGAUCUGUUUUCUGGACGUGGGAAACGGUAGCAGGGGCUGUCACCGGCUUCUCUAUUUCAUUGAUCACAAUCAGCUGCAUUAGAAUCCUACAACACAUAAAAUCUUGGUUGCCUAGAAUCCAUUUGAAGCGUGUUUGUUUUCUGCUGCUAUACUUUUCUCUUACGGGUUGGUUGGCCUGUCAAUACUGGAAAUGGCUAAAUCUCCCUGCAAUUAAAUGGUACGAAAUUACUUGGUAGCACUCUUUUUUUAACGUGCUGUUACUGCUGUAUGCCAUCCCUGCGGGGACUUUUACAUGAUUUUGUAAUUGUAGUACAUUUAGCAUUUCUUGCCCAAUGAUGUACAAUUGGGUCCUGCUAUGGAACAGCUUACUCACGAGCAAGUCUUGCAUAGGUAACCGUUGAUAUUGAACACCUUUAAUUUGAUAACAUGAUUUGAAUCCUGUUGGAGGAAGGUUUGCUCCACGACGCGAGUUGUAUUUUUAAAAAAUUCUUCUUGCUUUG